GCGCCUGUCAACUUUGUCAUUCGUCAUUCGUCAUUCGUCAUUCGUCAUUCGUCGUAGCACCCCGCCAGACUUUGCACACGACACAACCAUGAAGCAGCGAUUCUCGAGCCUAGACGUCAAGGUCAUUGCGCACGAACUGUCCAAGACGCUGACGUCGUUGCGCGUCACCAACGUGUAUGAUCUCUCAUCCCGCAUCUUCCUGAUCAAAUUCCACAAGCCCGACCACCGCGAACAGCUGCUCAUCGACUCGGGCUUCCGCUGCCAUCUCACCGAAUAUGCCCGCACCACCGCCGCCGCGCCCUCGGCCUUUGUUGCCAAACUGCGCAGGUACCUGAAGACCAGGAGGGUCACCUCCGUCUCGCAAGUCGGCACCGAUCGCAUCCUCGAGUUCCAGUUCUCCGACGGCCUCUACCGGCUGUAUCUCGAAUUCUACGCCGGCGGCAACAUCGUCCUGACCGAUGGCGACCUGAACAUCCUGGCGCUCCUGCGCAACGUCGAGGAGGGCGAAGAGCACGAGAAGCUCAGAGUGGGACUGCAGUACAACUUGUCCCUGCGACAGAACUACGGCGGCACCCCCAAACUCACAAAGGACCGCAUCCGCCAGGGCCUGCAGAAGGCCGUCGACCGCCAGCAAGCGCAGCCCGAGGCCACUGGCAAAAAGCUCAAAAAGGCAGGAAAAGACGCGCUGAGGAAGGCACUGGCUACCUCCAUCACCGAGUUGCCACCGCUGCUCGUCGACCACGCCCUCCACGUUGCAAAGUAUGACUCGACACUGAAGCCAGAGCAAGUGCUUGCCGACGAUGGACUUUUGGAUCAGCUCUUGGCCGUCUUGCACGAUGCCCUGAGGAUAACAAAGGAGAUCACCGAACCGGAUCAGGUGAAGGGAUACAUUCUCGCCAAGCCCAACCCUGCAGCACCGAGCGCAGAAGAGGAGCGCUCCGGGAAGGGCAGGCUUCUGUACGAUGACUUCCACCCUUUUCGACCUGCGCAAUUUGAAAACACAGACAUCGAGUUCCUCGAGUUUGACAUGUUCGGCAAGGCUGUCGACGACUUCUUCUCAUCCAUCGAGGGCCAGAAGCUCGAGUCGAAGCUGCAAGAGCGCGAAGCACACGCAAAGAAGAAGCUGGAGAAGGCCCGCAAGGAGCACGAGGAGCGCAUCGGUGGGCUUCAGAAGGCGCAAGAGCUGGACUUCCGCAAAGCCGAGGCCAUCCUCGCCAACGUACACCGCGUCACUGAAGCGACAGAUGCCAUCAACGGCCUCAUCACACAAGGAAUGGACUGGGUCGACAUUGGUCGCUUGAUUGAGCGAGAGCAGACUGCAGGGAACCCUGUUGCUCAGCUGAUCAAGCUGCCCCUGAAGCUGCAGGAGAACACCAUCACGCUCCUUCUCGACGAGAACACCUGGUCAGAAGGGCAAGACGAGGAAGAUGAGGGCAACAACACCAGCUCGGUAAGUGAAGACACCGACGAUGAGGGCGGCAACAACAACGACAACAACAACAACGACGACGACAACAACAACAACAACAACAACAACAAGAAGAAAGCUGCGCCUGUCAAGGUAGCCGCACAGCCCAAGCUUUCCAUCGACAUCGACCUUGGUCUGUCAGCUUGGGCAAACUCGACCGAGUACUUUGAUUCGAAAAAGACAGCUGCCAGCAAGGAAGAGCGCACACUGCAGGCGUCCGAGCGAGCGCUCAAGAGCCACGAGAAGAAGGUCGCCGAGGAUCUCAAAAAGGGCCUGAAGCAGGAGAAGGAGGUGCUGCGGCCGGUGCGCAAGCAGCAGUGGUUCGAGAAGUUCAUCUACUUCAUCUCCUCUGAUGGCUACCUUGUGCUUGGUGGAAAGGACGCCCAGCAAAACGAGAUCAUCUACCGGCGAUACCUGCGCAAGGGCGAUGUCUAUGUCCACUCGGACCUGAAGGGCUCCAUUCCCAUGAUCAUCAAAAACAACCCCAACACGCCGGACGCGCCGAUCCCACCCUCGACGUUGUCACAGGCAGGCAAUCUGUCCGUCUGCACGUCAGAGGCAUGGGACUCGAAAGCCGUCAUGUCGGCGUGGUGGGUCCUUGCGGAUCGUGUCACAAAGACUGGUCAGACUGGAGAGUUCCUGGCGCCUGGUGUCUUCAACAUCACGGGCAAGAAAGAGUACCUGCCACCAGCUCAGCUUAUCGUUGGUCUCGGUGUCAUGUUCGAGAUCAGCGAGGACAGCAAGGCUCGCCACCACAAGCACCGCGUGCAGGGUGGCGUUCUCGCACCCACAACCGCAGAGGAAGAAGCGAGGCUGGCACAGGAGAAGAAGGCAGACGAGGCAAACAAGGACGCGGACAGCGAUGACGACGAUGCUUUCCCGGAUGCCAAGAUGGCGUCUGAUUCUGAGGAGGACUUUCCUGAUGCGAAGAUGGACGACUCAGACGAGAGCGAUGCUGAGUCUGACGCCGAUGCACCUGCAAACCCUCUGCAGUCCAAGACUGCUGACCAGAAGGCUGACUCCGAGGAGGAAGACGAGGACGUACCCUCGCCACAGAGCGAGACCGCUCCCAAGGACGAGAAGGGCAAGUCAGAUAGCAAGUCCGGCAUCCGCCACCUGUCGGCGCGCGAACGCCGUCUCAUGAGGAAGGGACAGUCGCCCGAUGCAACGCCUGGCUCAGCAGCCAACGAAAACGACGAUGACGGCCACUCCGCCGGCGACGAAUCGAAGCCUGCCACAAGAGCUCCGCCCACCGUGGCAUCACAAGCUACAAAGAACAGCGCAGCACCCCUUCCCCGCGGCAAGCGUGGCAAAGCAAAGAAGCUCGCCACCAAAUACGCCGCGCAGGACGAAGAAGACCGCGCCCUGGCGAUGCGCCUCCUGGGCUCCAAAUCGGGGCAAGUCGCCGCCGAAGACGCCGCGAACGAGGUCCGCAAAAAGGAAGAAGAAACGCAGGCCAACAAGCAGCGGCGCCGGGAGCAGCACCAGCGCGCCCAGGACAAGGGCAAAGCCGCCGAAGAAGCGCGGCGCGCGGCUCUCGACAACGACGACGAGGCCGAAGACGACGAGCAGCUCAAGACCAAUCUGCUGAGUCUGGACGCUUUCACCGGCCGUCCGCUCCCCGGCGACACGCUCCUGAGCGCCAUCCCCGUCGCGGCGCCCUGGGCCGCGCUCGCAACGUACAAGUACAAAGCCAAGAUCCAGCCCGGGUCAACCAAGCGCGGCAAGGCGGUCAAGGAGAUCCUGUCCAUCUGGGACCACGCGGGCAAGGACCCCAAGGUGCUGGACAAGCACAGCGCGGACGUGGAGCGCAUCUGGCCGCGCGAGAUUGAGCUCGUGCGCGCGUGGAAGGAGACGGAGGUCGUCAGCGUGCUGCCCGUGGCCAAGGUGCGCGUCAUGAUCGCUGGCGGGCGUCGCGGAGCGGCGGCCGCUAAGGGUAAGAAGAGCGCGAGGGGGGGGAGGGGGAGUAAGAAGAAGUAGACAGUGAACAUGUAAAGAAGUAGACAGUGAACAUGUAAAGAAGUAGACGAGGCCGGGCUAAAUGGACGUUGAGACUCACACACCUCGCUCGCCGAUCGAACCUACAGCGCACCCUACCUCCUCGCCUGCACCCAUGCCCAUACACCCAGCUCCGUGCCUUGUGUGUCUCUUCGUUCUUCCUUCUUGCCCACGCACUUCCGCACUCCGCCAGCCCCCACCACGCCAAGUCACCUCCCGCACUUCUUCGUCCCCC